GUAAAUUUUAGAUUCUAGGCGUCGCCGUAUGUCACCUUAAAUGGUGACUUAGCUGCAGUGAGGAGACCAUAAGCUAUUUUGGCUGGCCAGAGAUGCCUCAGUUUCUGCAAGGUAUAGCAACUUAGAAUAUAGAAGGGAGCAGCUGUUGUUAUGCAGGGGAAAGCGUCUUCUACAUGUCCUUCUUAGGACAUUUGGGAGCAACGAGUAGACUAAAAUACGAACAGCAGCUGCAUCCCAAGUCAUGACAUCAACGGUUCGGGCAGGUAUAAGAUAGGCUUGUCUGCCAGAGGGGGGAGCUUUUUUGGGGCGAACAUCUGUGCCGUCGAGAGCUGAACCAUCUUUGCUUUUGGGGCCACUCAAACUUUUGGAGAGACAUCACUUUGACAUCGGUUGAAUAAAAUCUUUUCCCAAUCAGCCGUGUGUCACUGGAGUGCUUGGCCGGGACAGCCAUUGUCCACUGAGUGUUUUUUGGAGACCAGCGAAACAACAAAGACCAUUCACCACAUUUUUGGCGUCACGAACAGGAUUCGUGUUCCCCCGGGGAAUUCGCGCCCGCUUCCUGAGCGAGAAUCCAGCGGUCGACCAGCGGCUGUCAUUAAGGCAGAAACAAGAGGAGGCACAAGAGAGACUCGAGGCAAAUACUAAAGACACUGUUCAGCCAGGAGACAAGGUGUAUGUGAAAGUGUUCCGGCGCAAGUGGUUCAACGAAAGGCGGCAAGGGCCAUUUGAAGUUGUCCGCUGUACCGGAACUGCGGUGCAAGUACAAGGGUCACCAACUUGGUACCAUUUGACACACUGCGUCAAGGUGCCCAAAGAUGAAGAUCCCCAAAGAGGGAGGCGCGACUGCGAAACUGCAGAACCACUGCCAGAACAAGAAUCGCCAGAGGGCCCGAAUCGGGACAAAGAUGGGCAUGAUCAAGCUGUGGUGGAUAAUGUGUCUGCUGAACCUGUCCCUGAGGACAUCGCGGGCAGCACAGCCGACGACAGAGGAAACCAACAGUUCAACGAUAUCAAUCGUGACGACGCACCCUCCCCAGGCGCAGAUGACGACCCUCAGCACAACAACACUGAGCCAACUACCGCCAGAGGUAGUGCCCCCAGAGAACAACGCCACCCAGCAGGACCCAGCGGCGGACGCCCAGUCCGCCACAGAGUCCGGCCGGAGCGGUACAUUGAGCAAUGUUGAGGGAGUGUUGGGGGGGGCUGCAAUACUGCCAUGCAAUUGCAGAAAGGAAGAAGGGUCCCUGUGCAGACGCACCGCCGAAUGGGAAGACAACACCGGUAACAUACUUGCCCUGGCCGGGCGAACACAUACGGACAAUGUGCUGUUAUUAAAUACAUAUAGGCGGUUUGAGGUGCUAGGAGAUUGUGCUCUACUUCUGACAAAAAUUGGCAUAGAUGAUUUUGGGUACUAUACGUGUACCUGUCUCAAACGGGGGGCGAGAAAAGCAGACCGCACGGGCGGUCAUAAGACGGUGGACAGCAUUAAUUUCGUGACGUUGAUGGAGAAAAAAGAAAUUGCGAAACAGCAUCCAUACAGCCCCGGCGCGGAAUGUGUCAAAGAUGAAGAAGCAGUCGCCAUGAAUAAUGUCGCCUUACCCGUGACGACAAUUGGUAACAGCUUUGAAACACAGUCUGCCGCUUCAGGGACGCUCAUGUCGGAGAUAGAGGCUGUAGAGCCGACGCCUGACGUUCCGGAAAAUGUCAACGAAGCACUGGCAGAAUCAAACUGGUCCCCGGCAGAGGUGCAAGCCCAUUUGCAUGCCAUGGCGAGGCGGGAGGCUGCAUGGAAGGCUUAUGGGUUCGAUGCCUCGGCAUUACCUGGGGUUGAUGAAUGGGCAGGAAGGAACAUGUGGUAUCAACUGAUGGUGCAUUCGAUUAAAUCGUCUAAGGCGGUGAGUGGGCCGUGUUUAGUAAGAGUGAAAUCACCAAGUACGCUUAAGGCCGUGUUCCAGACCAUACCGGUGCCGGUAUCCGACAAUUGCCAGCUUAGAUUAUUGCUUUGGUUGGUAUACGAACAGUCGUGGAAGGCACCUGAAACCGACGCGCAGGUCAGGAAGAUUUUCAAGCCCACAGGGGAGUGCGCCUGGAUAAGCGAACUUCCCUACUUGGAUUUGCUCGCCGUGCAUGAGGACAUCCAAGUCGCUGUGCCAGAAUCCAUAGAUGUGCCAUCUGUAAAGGUGCCCACCUGUUUUUGCUCUAAUGUGACACAUGGAGGGCCGGGGGUGCCUAUGGGGGUGGCAGACUGCGACUAUUACUCCAUGCAAUUCCCAGGAGAAGCAUGGGGGCAGAGGGGAGCCGUCCAUCCGGUGACCUUUGCUCUACCAGACUCCUAUCAGGCGAUUACUGUGAUGGUGGCGAAUCGCACGGUGCCUGGGAACACGACUGUAGGGAAUCUUAGAGACAUCUGGUGGGUUUGUGGAACUAGAGCUUAUUUGUUUUUGCCGUAUGGAUGGAUGGGUUGCUGCUAUUCUGCCACCCUGAAGCUUCCGUUCGAGGUAUUGGCGAUUAGAAAGGGCCACAAGCCUGAGGAGAAGGCUUUUAGGGAGGUCCCUAGUAGGGCUAAGAGGGAGAUGGCGGCGUUUCAUACCACCGACGCGUAUCAUUGGAGAAUUAGCUUGGGAGAAAAAUGGGGCCUUGGGAUUUUUCCCUGGUAUGGGGUCACAUUUUUGGCAGAUCACAUUGAUAACAUCACGUAUACCCUUCAGGGGUUCGCGAAUGAGACGAUCAAGGGCUUCAGACAGUUGUCGCUUACCCAAAAGAGCCAUCGGCUGACUCUGCUUAAACACGACAUGGCUUUGGAUUAUAUCUUGGCAAGGCAAGGGGGGUUGUGCGUAGCCCUAAAUUUGACAGACGACGCUUGCUACACUUUGAUCCCAGAUAACACUGACAACAUCACCAGUAUCAUCGACGCGCUUAGAGUCAUUCGGGAUUCUUUUGGGCCGUCCGAGGGCGCUGGUUGGUCAGCGACGAGCUGGAUUCAGGAUAGACUGGGACCUGUGGGAACGAUAGUGGCGCAGGUGCUGGGGGCACUCGGGAUAUCGCUGUGUGUAAUGUUUUGUUUUUGCACUGUGAUAAUGACUUGCGCGAAGGCCAUGAUUUUACGGUGGAUAGGUGUGGUAAUGCCGAGGGACCAGACCCAGAUGCCGUUACUCCCGUUCGACCGCGAUGCAGAUCUGAAAUGCGCGGAUGGGAUGCUAAUAAAUGAUAGGUACUCGGACUAAAAUUAACAGAGUGGCGAUGAGGAAAAAGGAAAAAAAAAAAAAAAAAGAAAAGAAAAAGAAAUAAUGAUAAUAAUAAUGAAAUAAAGAACCGGGGAUAGGACAGUGAUGAGAGCGGAAAACCAGGUGUAGGGAACAAGAACACAGCACCAAUGUCUUGGUAUUCCGAUUUUCAAUUUUCUUUUGCUGUGUUGCAUGAUUCCAGUGUGAUGUGGUCCACCGUACAGUGUUGCCCGGCCCUAGACAGACUUUAACACCUUCGUUAUGUCAAAGUUGCAUGUGUGCUUUGUGUUUCGUGCCAUUGCCAUCACUCGAUACUGGCAGAAGUUCUCAUUCGUUGCAGAACCCCUGGAUGUGGACCGGGGCCGUGCAAGGGACUCUAUGGACAGUGAACUGGACAUAAGGACUUUGUAUGGACAGCAGGCCCUGGGCAGGGGUACCUGGCACGACCCACCAUGGGAAGAUUCGGUGGACUGGACUCUGCCUCAGCGCGCACUCACACAUGAGAAGGGGGGCUACAUUUCGGGGUUUUGAGUCGAUAAGCAUGUUUUGAUACCUCUUUGUUGUAUACCUCGUUUUUUUUUUUUUUUUUUUAUUCCGUUUUUUAUACCUCAUCUUGUUAAAUCAUGGCAUGUUGAUUAGGUGACGAUGCGACUUGACCGUUUGGCAGUCGUUGAACGUGUCAUUUCUUUUUCUUACUGUUCUGUGAGCUCAUACUGUUUUGUGAUGUGUGCCAGGACUCCUUGUUACCUGGCUGACGCCAGGUGGAGGGAAUCACUGGGGUUGUUAGAAAGGGCCUCCCUCUUUUUCCUUGUCAUUAGACAGGCAGGUUUUUUCUCUCGAGGGAGGGCCGACAGCUUUUUGGGGUUUCUAACGGACCACGCCAAAUUCAUUACUUCCCAAAUUAUCGAUGGUGUUACGGUAUUACCUAAGGGGGGUGGUUAUCGUCAUUUGGAGGAGGUGGAUUUCGAUUUUCCUUAUUUGUGGUUCCUGUGAGGCCCCAGGUUGCUGUCAGGGAGCGGUUGGAUACCUAAAGAGUUUGAGCUUUCCUAGACAAUGUAACCUUACGUAGCAUGUCUUGAGCGUGAUUUAGGCUGCGAAUUUCUAGGCCGUAUUGUAGACGUGACUGUAAAAUUUGGUUGGGUGUAGAUUUUUGGAUGUUUACCGAUGUCAUCUUUCUUUUUCGGACCGUUUUCGGGACAUUUAUAACGUCCCGGAGGGGGGAAUGAGGUAAAUUUUAGAUUCUAGGCGUCGCCGUAUGUCACCUUAAAUGGUGACUUAGCUGCAGUGAGGAGACCAUAAGCUAUUUUGGCUGGCCAGAGAUGCCUCAGUUUCUGCAAGGUAUAGCAACUUAGAAUAUAGAAGGGAGCAGCUGUUGUUAUGCAGGGGAAAGCGUCUUCUACAUGUCCUUCUUAGGACAUUUGGGAGCAACGAGUAGACUAAAAUACGAACAGCAGCUGCAUCCCAAGUCAUGACAUCAACGGUUCGGGCAGGUAUAAGAUAGGCUUGUCUGCCAGAGGGGGGAGCUUUUUUGGGGCGAACAUCUGUGCCGUCGAGAGCUGAACCAUCUUUGCUUUUGGGGCCACUCAAACUUUUGGAGAGACAUCACUUUGACAUCGGUUGAAUAAAAUCUUUUCCCAAUCA